UGGAACCAAGACUAGAACCUUGCCAAGCAAUAGCUACAACAACUGGCUUCGUGCUUCGAAACGAACUAGUAUAUUGCCGGGCCCUUGAUAUUGCGAGAAUAUUAAUCGUAAGAUGUCGCGGCAUCUUAUAACGGCUACUCUGAUUGUGAUCGUGGUUCUUUCACAUCCGGGAUGUGCCGCAAGGAUACUCGGCGUAUUUCCGUUCCCUUCGUUGAGUCAUCAAAUUGUAUUUCGAGGAUUGACGCUGGCGUUGAGGGAGCGAGGCCACGAGCUCGUUGUCGUCACUCCGAACCCGAUCAACGACCGAACCCUGAAGAACUACACGGAGAUAGAUGUGAGCUUCCUGUACCAACACUUGAGUCUGGAUUGGAUAACUCUUGCAAAAAAGUACACGUGGUAUGAAUUUGUCAUGAAAUCGACACCAAUACAUUCAGCUAUGACUGAAGGCAUUCUCAGCCAUCCAGAACUACAGAAAUUGUACGAACCGGAAAGUGGUGAAUCGUUUGAUUUGUUACUAUGUGAGACACUUCGUUGGCCUGCUCUUCUGCUUCUUGCUAAACGAUUCAAUAUUCCAACGAUAGGAAUAACAUCGCUAUAUCCGCCUCACCAACUGCACUAUCAGCUUGGCAAUCCCAUAAUGCCUUCUCAUCCGCCAUAUUGGAACAUGAAAGGAACAGCCGUCGGAAAAUUGACAUUCUGGCAAAGACUAUACAACUUCGUAGCGACGUGGAGAUAUCUGCAUCACUACAGAACGACCUACACGCAGGAGCAGCAGGAAAUUGCGAGAAAAUAUUUUGGCAACGAUGUUCCGGAUCUUGGUGACUUGGAAAAAAAUGUCAGUUUGGUUUUCGUCAACCAGCAGGCGCCGAUUUCAUUCGCCCGUCCAAAUGUUCCUAACAUAAUCGACAUUGGUGGGUUCCACAUUUCGGAUCAGCGCAAACCUCUGUCGAAGGACCUUCAGAGGAUUUUAGAUGAAGCAACGCAAGGCUUUAUAUACAUGAGCCUUGGAUCGAACGCCAAAAGUGCUUCGUUGACUAACAAAACGCGGGAUGAAUUUGUUGCUGCGUUUUCAAAAAUACCCUACACCGUUAUUUGGAAAUUUGAAGACGACCGUCUUCCAGGUCAGCCGGAAAACGUCCACGUCAUGAAAUGGAUCCAGCAGCAGUCAAUCCUGGCGCAUCCCAAUUUGAAAGUUUUCAUAUACCAAGGAGGACUUCAGAGCACAGAGGAGGCAGUUUCUCAUGCCGUUCCUGUGAUCGGAUUACCAGUUUUCUGCGACCAAGAAUCUAACGUCGACAAGAUUGUCUCGCUUGGAGUUGGUAAGAAGUUGGACAUCUUUAGCGUCGACAGAUUCGGUCUAAUGGAAGCGAUACACUCCAUCGUGCGCGAUGACAGCUACAAACAAAACAUGCUGAAACUGCGGGAUUUGAUAAAAGACAAGCCAUACGAUACGUUGAAGAACGCAGUUUGGUGGACGGAACACGUGAUACGUCACAAGGGUGCUCCUCAUCUCCACUCAACAACCGCCGACGAUCCUUGGUAUCAACGUCAGGACAUGGACUUGAUGUUCAUUACUUCUACCGCGAUUUGGAUAGCUUUUAGUAUAACAUUAGGAGUCUUACACAAGUUGUUGACUUACAGCAUUUAUUUCCUCAACCAACAGCACUUGAUUAGAAAAAAGGAGAAAGUGUAUUAAGUCAUAACAAAUUA